GGUAACAAGAGCAACAAAGUGAAAGUGAUUAAAGAAAGAUGCUGUUUGGUUGUACCCGAUUUGAUGACAGUGAUAUAACCGACCGACGCGUCUCAAGCGAAUGUGCAUCUUGGCACAGCGGCAACGACAACGACGACGACCAGGCCUCGUCGGUGCAUGUUAGCGCGAAUUGUAAGCUGAGAGUUCUUUCAGAGCCUAUAAACUGAUUUUCAUGGUAAGGCCGGUGCACGUUAGCGAAAAUCUGCAAGUAAUUUCUCCAGAUAUCUGUUUAUAGAUUGAUGAUUGGACGGGUUUCUCUUGGAUUUCGUUGACGAUCUUUGCAUCCGCAUUCGAUCUUCUUCACCGCUGAUUCGUUCCAGGGGUGGAUAUUUGGACAAGAUGAGGUCAACUCAUCUUUUCAACGGGACUGAAAUGAUGGAAAGGAAGGCUCCCUCUUUGGUUGAACUCUGCAUUCAGACUGCAAUAGAUAAUGUUAGGUAUAUUGGGGAUGUUGGGGAGACAGACAUAUACCUAUUGAAGGAUGUUUUGCCGCACUGUACAGUUGAUCAAUUGAUGCACAUUGAGAAUUCUACAGUUGGUAGAGACCUAAGUCCGGUGACUGAUAAUUUGUGGAAAAAGUUUUAUGAAAAACAAUUUGGUACUAAAAGCACUGAUAUUGUUAUUGAGAGGAUGAAGCAGAAGAAACUUUCAUUUAAAUGGAAACAGUUGUAUGAGGCAAAACAGAAAGACUGGGAUGAAGCACAAAAAAAAUCUAUUGAUCGAUUUAAGGAACGUUAUGAGAAAGAAACCGUUAAAAAACAAAGUAAGCAGAUUCAGAUUUGUACAAAAGUUCCACCUUCAAGCAGUAAACGAAGCUUUUUUGGAGGGCCUGGAUCUUGCAAUGGCGCAAAAGGCAGUCUGAUGAAAAAGGCAAGAAUGGAAUUCCUCAACAGUCAUGAAGUAAGGGCUGCAGCUAUGAAAAAGGCCUUGCAAAGGAAUCAAGGUACUUCUCACAUGGUAAAACCAAGUGGUUUUCAUGGAAAGGGUUCUUCAAGUUCCAGAACUAUGAAACCAUUUCAAAGAAGAUCAUAGCAAGCCACCUUGGGAUUCUGGGCACUUGCCUGCUGAGGAGUGAAUUGUUGCAUCCAUACUUGAUCCUCACUAUUUGAGAAGUUCUGUUUUGUAGUGUACCCUUGGGUUAUGGUGGCUUUUUGUAAUGCAAUCCCACCUUCCUGGAGAGAAGAAAAAAAAUGGGGUUUUAGCUUGAGCUCUGGGGCUAAGAUAUUCCGAUAGAGGGCCAUUUUAUUUGAUGAUGUGGCAAAAUCAACGAUAGAGGGGUUGAGCUAAGAUAAAUAUUCUGAUUUUAGCUUGAAAUAUUUCCAAACAUUUCUCAUUUCUUUAAUGCAAUUUCUCUACUCUUUUAACACCCAGCAAGAUAAAAGAUUUGUGAUUCCA